UAAAUCAUAUGACUGGACACAUAAGAAGUGCACAUUUCAAAACGCUCUUAUUUCCCACAGACCCGGGACAAACACAUCAAGGCAGAACUCAGAGCCAACCAGAGAAGGACCCAAAUGGACCUUCCCUUCUUCUCUAUAGAGACAUGGGCCAUUUUACUUAUUUUCAUAGCCCUCCUGUUCAUAUAUGGGACCUGGCCAUUUGGUUUUUUCAAGAAGUUGGGUAUUCCUGGACCAAGGCCUCUGCCUUUCGUUGGGACAAGCCUGGAAUAUCGCAAAGGUAUAUUGGAAUUUGAUGCUGAGUGCUACCGGAAAUACGGGAAAAUCUGGGGGAUUUACGAUGGCAGGCAACCCAUGUUGGCUGUCACAGACACCCAGAUCAUUAAAACUGUGCUGGUUAAAGAGUGUUACUCCACCUUUACCAACCGGAGGUUUCUAGGUCUAGCAGGGUUGCUGAAAAACGCUGUCUCAAUAGCUGAAGAUGAACAGUGGAAGAGGCUUCGUACUGUGCUCUCGCCAACCUUCACCAGUGGGAAACUAAAGGAGAUGUUCCCUAUAAUGAAGCACUAUGGGGAAUCUUUGGCGAAAAAUGUUCAUAAGCGAGUGGAAAAGGACAACACUCUAGCUGUAAAGGACAUCUUUGGAGCCUACAGCAUGGAUGUCGUCACCAGCACUUCUUUUGGUGUGAACACUGACUCCGUGAACAACCCCAAUGACCCCUUUGUCAGAGAGAUGCAGAAGUUCGUGAAGUUUGACUUCUUUAAUCCACUCUUCAUCCUCAUAUUUGCAUUUCCAUUCCUCAUUCCUGUUUUGGACAAGAUGAAUGUAAACUUCUUCCCCAAAGAUAGUGUAGAUUUCUUUGCAAGAUCCAUCUCCAAAAUUAAGAAGGAUCGUGAAAAGCAUGCUCACAAGGGCAGAUUAGAUUUUCUGCAGCUGAUGAUCGAAUCCCAGAACUCAACCAGUCACUCCAACAACAAAGAAAAUCACUCAAAUAAAGCCCUGACUGACACAGAACUCCUGGCACAAGCAAUCAUCUUUAUUUUUGCUGGCUACGAGCCCACCAGCAACACACUUUCUUACCUGGCAUAUGAACUUGCCCUGCAUCCUGAUGUGCAGCAAAAACUGCUGGAGGAAAUCGACACUGUUCUACCCAACAAGGCUCCUCUCACAUAUGAAGCAUUGAUGCAAAUGGAUUAUCUUGACAUGGCAGUGAAUGAAACCCUUCGGCUCUUCCCCCUUGGAGGACGGAUUGAGAGAACCUGCAAGAAAGACGUAGAAAUAAAUGGGGUGACCAUUCCCAAAGGAACUGUUGUUAUGAUUCCAGCCUCUGUGCUGCAUCUUGACCCCGAGUACUUUGCAGAACCAGAGGAGUUCAGACCAGAAAGGUUCAGUAAGGAAAACAAAGACACCAUAGACCCGUAUGCAUACCUGCCCUUCGGAGCUGGUCCCAGGAACUGCCUUGGGAUGCGGUUUGCUCUCCUGACUCUGAAAGUUGGCAUCGUUGCCCUAUUGCAACAUUUCACCUUCCAGACCUGCAAAGAAACUCAGAUCCCUCUCAAGCUGAAUUCAAGGGGAAUAUUAAAACCAGAAAAGCCAAUUGUUCUGAAGAUUGUCCCCCGGACCAACACUGGGCGUGCAGAGGCGUAAAACCCAACCGCAGCUGCAACAGUUCUCUAGUGUCUAACGAGUGCUGUGCUAACGAAGAGAUCGUGCAUCGUGGGAAAUCUCUCCCACAUACACAGACACAGAUGAUCUGCUCUAGUUAUUCCUGGAAGCAAUUACUACAUAUUUACUAAUAAACAUAGCUGUCAGAAAUGUAAUGUGAAUCACUGGGCAGUGACAAUAUACAGCCCACUUAAUUUUGAUUGCAGAAAACGAGAAAUAAAUCCAAAUGAGAAGCUGAUCACCCACUUCUAAGGGGACUUCUCCAUCUGGAGAGAACGAGUUACUGUCACAUCCGAGAGCAACAAUGUGAGAUGGAAAUUCAAAUAGCCAGACCUUGCUGAGCAGGGAUGGGUGACGUUCUUCUUUGUGUAUGCUUGAAAUUUCAGGUGUUAUAAUUGAGCGACUGGUGUGAGACUAUAUCCUAGUUACCAAACCUCUCUCGUGCCAUGUGUUAAUUAAACUAAAGUGUCUACAAAUACUGUCAUUAAAAAUGUUAGAGAGCUGC